CUUUCCCUCCCCACCCUCCAAACUUACUCAUCUUGAAAGUCGGGGUUAGGAGCAUUUAGUGUUCAGAAUAUUACUGGAGAAAAGAAGAUUUUUUUUAUACCUGUUUUACAUAGUUCCCCCCCCUUGUGGUUUUGGUUACUCACUUAAAAUACAGACGCAGAGUGCCUGCUGGGCUGUGCCUAGGUCGAGAGCCAUGCCAGUCUGUGGGUGAAUCCUGCGACAGCGAUGGAGCCUCUGCAGCAGCAGCAGCAGCAGCAAAAGCAGCCACACCAGGCUCCUCUACAGAUGGAUGCCAGAGAGAAGCAGGGACCACAGACGAGAGAAGCACAGUUCCUGUAUGCCUCCAAACUAGCCACCCAGCCUACUGUCCUUUCCCUGACACCCGGGAGACCUUCUGGUAGCCCCGUUCUGGGUCCCUUAGCCAGAGUUCCACCAGCCACACCAGUGACUAGAGUAUUUGAGCAGAGCAACGUGAACUCCGAGCCUGAGGAGGAGGAAGGAGGUCUGGAAGACGAAGAUGGAGAUGAGGAUGUUGCAGAGGUGGCUGAAAAAGAGGCCCAGGCUGCUUCCAAAUAUUUCCAUGUGCAAAAAGCAACUCGCCAAGACCCCAGAACAGCACCCAUGUCCAGCCUGCUUCCAGCACCUGGACUCCCGCCACAGGGACAGCAAAGUAAAGAAGACCAUACCAAAGAUGCUUCCAAAGCCCCGCCUUCUGUCCCCACAGCUGGGCAGCCGAGCUGGACCCUGGAUGAGCAGCUGAAGCAGAAUGGUGCUUUAGCCUGGAGUGAUGAUGCUGAUGGAGGCCGGGGAAGAGAGAUCUCUCGAGAUUUUGCCAAGCUGUAUGAACUGGAUGGUGAUCCUGAAAGGAAAGAAUUUUUGGAUGACCUCUUCAUCUUCAUGCAGAAGAGGGGCACCCCUAUCAACCGGAUUCCCAUCAUGGCCAAGCAGACCCUGGACCUCUACAUGCUGUAUAAGCUGGUCACAGAGAAGGGGGGCUUGGUGGAGAUCAUCAACAAGAAAAUCUGGAGGGAGAUCACCAAAGGCCUGAACCUGCCCACGUCCAUCACCAGUGCUGCCUUCACCCUCAGGACCCAGUACAUGAAGUAUCUGUAUGCCUAUGAGUGUGAGAAGAAAGCCUUGAGCUCCCCAGCUGAACUACAGGCGGCCAUUGAUGGCAACCGUAGGGAAGGUCGGAGGCCCAGCUACAGUUCCUCCCUCUUUGGCUAUUCUCCUGCCACUGCUGCUGCUGCUGCUGCUGCUGCCGCUGCCGCCGCUGCUAGUGCUGCUUCUGCUGGGACCCCUGCCCUUCUCUCACCUCCCAAGAUCCGCUUCUCCAUCCUUGGGCUUGGCUCCAGCAGUGGCACCAAUGCCAGCAAUCCUCGGAUACCCCCAGCAUCUACUCUCAGGAAAGGUGAUGGAAUCCCAGUGACGACAGUGCCUGUGCCAAAUCGCCUGGCUGUGCCUGGGACUUUGGCAGGCCAGCAGACUGGCAACCGAACUGGCACACUAGAGCAGCUACGGGAGCGUCUGGAAUCAGGGGAACCCCCUGAGAAGAAGGCAUCAAGAUUGUCGGAGGAAGAGCAGCGCCUGGUGCAGCAAGCCUUCCAGCGCAACCUCUUGAGCAUGGCGCGGCAGCUCCCCAUGAAGAUCAGAAUCAACGGCAGGGAAGACAGAGCAGAGACUUCAGCUGCAGCACUGAACCUGACCACAAGCAACAUUGGCAGCAUCAAUAUGUCUGUGGAUAUUGAUGGCACCACCUAUACAGGUGUGCUGUUUGCCCAGAAACCAGUGGUCCAUCUCAUUGCAGGCUCUGCUCCCCAGAGCAUUGCCAGCAGCACCAGCAGCAGCAGCAGCAGCUCUCACUGCUCACCAAGUCCUACCUCAUCCCGGGGCACUCCCAGCGCAGAGCCUUCCACCAGCUGGUCCCUCUGAUGAGCACCCACUCCCUACUCUCCUGCUGAGAGUAAAGGAGAUCGAUGCACAGAAUUUACCUCAUCUCAUGGAGCCCACAUCAGACACCAUCUGGCCAGAUGCUGACUUUGGAUAUACCCAUCUGUCCAGGCUCCAUUCAAAUUCUGCUGUACUCUGGGGGAGAGACUGGGGGGAGGGGGGAGGGCAGGACAGAGUAGCGUUGUCCAAUCAGGGAUUGUCCUGGAGAACUGGGUGGGACACCUGGGCAUCCGGCUUCCCCAGGGUUCCCCAACCACCUCCCAUCCUGGAGCAGUAUAUCGACAAUCUGUAAGGCGCCAUGGGGCUGGAGGCUUCCCACUUCCCUUCCCCCUUAAUUUAUUUCCCUUCUGCUGCCUUCUGCCUUCACCCCAGGAUCACCAGACUCUUAGGCUGCCCAGUCCCCCAGUGUUUCAAUCCCACUUUGGGCUCUAGGAGUCGGGAACUUGUCUUCCUUGCUCUUGUCUGCUGAGCAUGGGAUGGGGAUGGGCCUUCCCAGGCCCCCUUGCUUUACUGCUUGAUUUUCUGGGCAUGGAUCUCCCAAAUCCACGUCUUGAAUUCAGUCCUCAGGGCCCUGGAAUACCCCUUUUGUUGUUCCUAAGAAAAAAAUGGCACGUUAUUAGGGCAGGCUUGAGGUUCAGGAACCCUCUGCACAUGAAAAGGAGGAAGAACUCAUGGUGCCUGGGCCCUGGUACCUACCUGACAAGACUCUGUUCUGAUCCCCAAACCUCAGCUUCCUGCCUGCCCAUGUUGGCCAGCUUUCCCAAGAUACUACUUGUCCCUGGACCCUACUGUGUCUCCUGGGGCCAUU